AUGCUCGCCGUGAAGCUCCUGGCGCGUCAGACGCGGCCGCAGGGGGCCGCUCUCACUGCUGCGGCGCGCGCCGCCAGCCCGUUCGUGCAGCCGUCGGCCUCGCGGCUGCUGCACAGCUCGCGCCCCGCCCUCAUGGCGCAGCCCUUCGACGACAGCGGCAUGCCUCGGCUGCAGGACACGCCCACCAACAUCGGCGUGCUGAUCGUGCCGCAGCAGCGCGCGUGGGUCGUGGAGCGCUUCGGCAAGUUCCACGACGUGCUGACGCCCGGGCUGCACUUCCUGAUCCCGCUGGUGGACCGCAUCGCGUACGUGCACUCGCUCAAGGAGGAGGCCAUCAAGAUCCCGGGCCAGACGGCCAUCACGCGCGACAACGUGACCAUCAGCAUCGACGGCGUGCUCUACGUCAAGAUCAUCGACCCGUACAACGCCAGCUACGGCGUCGAGGACCCGCUCUACGCCGUCACGCAGCUGGCGCAGACCACCAUGCGCUCCGAGCUGGGCAAGAUCACGCUGGACAAGACCUUCGAGGAGCGCGAGUCGCUCAACCUGAGCAUCGUGGAGGCUAUCAACCAGGCCUCCGAGGCCUGGGGCAUCAAGUGCCUGCGCUACGAGAUCCGCGAUAUCGCCCCGCCCCGCAGCGUCAAGGCCGCCAUGGACAUGCAGGCUGAGGCCGAGCGCCGGAAGCGCGCCGAGAUCCUCGACUCGGAGGGUGAGCGCCAGGCGUACAUCAACGUGGCUGAAGGUAAGAAGCGCGCGGCCGUGCUGGAGGCGGAGGGUGCUGCUGCUGCCAUCAUGGCCAAGGCCAACGCGUCCGCGGAGGCUAUCCAGCGGCUCUCGACGGCUAUUCAGGAGACGGGCGGACGCGACGCGGUGGCACUCCAGGUGGCGGAGAAGUACGUGGACGCGUUCGGCAACAUCGCCAAGGAGGGCACGACCGUGCUGCUGCCGGCCAACACCAACGACCCGUCGAGCAUGGUGGCCUCGGCGCUCUCGAUUUUCGGAAACAUCCAGAAGCAGAACACCAAGGAGGCAGCUCGGAUCGCCGCCAAGACUGGCGAUAUCGCUGAGGGCGAACUCGGAGAGUACACUUUGGACAGCUUCGACUCGGACACGACCAAGAACUAACCAGACAAUUCAGUAUAUGGGGAGUCUGGUCCGUCGUGAGCACGCAGACUGGUAGCUGACGGCGCGAGUUGGCUUGCGGGUCAGCUUGUCUAUGAAAUACAGCAAACCCAUGAAAAC